AAGGAGGAUCCGGUUUGUCUCCUCAGAACUGGAUCUUCGCACGUUAUGAAAUGGUGUUUCUCUCUUUCUCUUCUAGAGAGAGAAAGCCAGUGAGUGAUGAUGAGUGAGAGAACAACACCAACAAGGCAACAAACAACAGCAACAACAACAACCCGAUUCAAUUCAACUCGACCCAACCGAACCCGACUCACUCUUCCUCUUUCCUCUCAGUUAGAGUCAGAGUUUUGUUUCUUAGCUUAGCUCAAUAGCUCUCCCCCAUUAUUACAAACCAAACCUCUCAGCUUUCUUUUCACUUUCUCUUUGUAAUGAGAAAACAACCCUGUAUAUUUUCAGUGCUGCUUUUCUCUCUCAAAUGGUGCUUCACUUCUUGAGCCAUUGAAACACAAAAGAACGAAACUUUAAAAACACAAGAACCGAACUUUGUAGCUUUUCUGCUUAAAGCUUUGAUCUUUGCAGCUCUGUUUGAAAUGUAGUGUACUGGGUCGUUUUCGAAACUCUGAGCUGCGGAGGCUUUAUAUUUGGGUUUUGGGAGUUCUUUUCAUGGUGUUGAUGAGUAUUGCUUCAAAGCCAUGAAGAACUUUCAGUGGUAUAAGCAGAUUUCCAACAAUGGCAAACCAGAGAGGAGGCUAUCACUGGGAGAAUACAAGAGGGCGGUUUCGUGGUCCAAGUACUUGGUUUCUCCAGGGGCUGAGAUUAAAGGCGAAGCAGAAGAAGAUUGGGGUGCUGACAUGUCCCAAUUGUACAUUGGCUGCAAAUUUGCUUCAGGAAGACAUAGCAGGAUUUACAGAGGAGUUUAUAAGCAGAAGGAUGUGGCGAUUAAGCUUAUAAGCCAGCCGGAGGAGGAUGCCGACUUGGCGGUUUUGCUUGAGAACCAGUUCAGUUCUGAAGUGGCCUUGCUGUUUCGAUUGCAGCACCCGAAUAUCCUCACUUUUGUUGGAGCUUGUAAGAAGCCUCCUGUGUUCUGCAUAAUCACCGAGUAUUUAUCCGGGGGAUCGCUAAGAAAGUAUCUCCAUCAGCAGGAGCCACACUCUCUUCCACUCAGCCUAGUUCUCAAAUUAGCCCUUGACAUUGCACGCGGGAUGCAGUAUCUUCAUUCUCAAGGUAUACUUCAUAGGGAUCUCAAGUCGGAAAAUCUAUUGUUAGGAGAGGAUAUGUCUGUGAAAGUUGCGGAUUUCGGUAUCUCGUGCUUGGAAUCACAGUGUGGCAGUGCAAAAGGGUUUACCGGGACUUACCGUUGGAUGGCGCCUGAAAUGAUCAAAGAGAAACACCAUACGAAGAAAGUUGAUGUUUACAGUUUUGGCAUAGUUCUUUGGGAACUUUUAACAGCGUUGACACCAUUUGACAACAUGACUCCGGAACAGGCUGCAUUUGCAGUGUCACAGAAGAAUGCAAGACCUCCUUUGCCGCCCACAUGCCCGCCGGCAUUCAGUCGUCUCAUCAACCGAUGUUGGUCGAGUCGUCCAGAAAAGAGACCACAUUUCGAUGAGAUAGUUUACAUUUUGGAAGGUUAUGCAGAGUCCAUUGAGCAAGACCCAGAUUUUUUCUCAUCCCACAUGUCUCCCCAAGAUCACACCCUUUUCCUAUGCUUUCCAAAGUGGAUUGGUCGCCAUUGAUCUGCUUAUUGAAAACUGGGAAUUUUUCUUCUAGGAAUCUAUCAAUGUUAAAUACCAUAUGCUUUUCUUCUCUAGGUUCACAUCUUCAUACGAUUAUUAUUGAUUAUGAUUAUGAUUAUGAAUCUUUCUCUUUAUGGCUUGUUUACCAUCUCCUUUGAGAAUAUUGAAAUGGAAGCACUUCCUUCUAUCAGUGCUUUAGAGCAACUGUACUACUGUUUCUAUCAGUGCUUUAGAGCAACUGUACU